CGGGGAAGGAGCAGACGGACCGCCACUUCCAGCUUCACGCUCACCAGUCAACUGGGUCCACUUGAGUACCUUGAUCGCUGGUCAACAUCGCGCAAGAGUCUGUUCAGACUGUUACAGCAACCGGUUGUGAUUACGAUGCGCGUAUUCCUCGUCUCGCUCCUGGCUCUGGCCACCACAUCCGCCUCGCCAGCUGGGGGGUACAUUGCUGACUCCGACGACUCCGGUGGUGUUCCUGUCAACGUCAUUAUCCCCAGCUUUUUCGACCGCGUUACGAAGGGUACAUUGUUAAGGCGUUGGGACGGCUCUCCGGCUAUGGGUGCAGAGUUUCAGAAGGCCAAGAACAAAGGGUGCACGCUCUGGGCGCAGAUGCACACAGAUGAUGCUCCGGCAGGGAAUUUCUUCGACCCGCAGCGAGAUUCGGCUCAAAGUGACUACCUGGAGCUCAGCGACCUCGUCGACUGGGGCUACUUCACCAAGAAGACGGGUAUCAACAAGCCCAAAUGCGACAUGGGUAAUGGCAAGGAUGGGUACGGCCUCGAGGCUGUUCUUCGAGCGAAGGGUAUCUCGGCCGAAAAAAUGGACUGGAAUUGUGUCAAGAUCACCCACGGUGAACCUAACAGCAAGGCCUUGCCCAUCGAUCUUCAGUCGUACAAUGCCCCGGGUGGCAAGACUUUGAGAUCCACUGGCGCCAUCUAUCAGUUCGCGAUGAACGAGAAAGACGGAGUCCUCGUGCUCGCUAAACGGUAUAGCCCUGCGCACCAAGCGAACUACCGUAUACCUCCCGUUCCUGCAGACCAGCUUCCCGCAUUGCGAUCUUCCUCUGAUAUCGCUUGGCUGGCCUGGAAACCACUCCACGAUAAAGGCAUCAAGCUCAACCACAUCGUCACCUGGUCGAUUGCAAACGGCGGAUCGUCACGACUUAUAGCCGCUGCUCUUGACGCAGUCGCAGACGAGACUCAGACUAGUCUGGACACGGAUCUGAAGCCAUACCCGUGGAAGGAGUUUGACGUGGAACGUCUUUCAGGAUCGCUUAUACUUGGCUCUCCAAACGGUCUUGGUAUUGGUUACAUACUCGUCCAGCACAAGCCUGAGCUCGGCAACAGGCGUACGAAGAAGAUCGAAGUGUUCUUGGCCGACACCGCUGCUUCUAAUCUGCGUGAGCCAUCAGUCUGGUGGGAGCUCGAAGAUGCACCUGCAAACGUGAACAUACCCAUGGAGGGGUAGGUGCUUUUGUUUGUAGCAGUCUUUCAAAGGGUCGUGUGGACCUGGUGUGCUGGAGUCAUGAAUAGGGUUGUGUCAACACAUUGGACCCAUAGUUGACGUGCCAUAGAGAUCGUAACGAAUAUGUGCCCAAUUAC